CCGCGCGUCGCUCGCGACGGCGACGCGCGUCUCAUUAAGAAAGCGCAUCGAGGACGUCUACCUGACCGGCUCUUGCCCUUCGAUCGAUUCCAUCGCCUUCCCGCACCCUCAUCUGAAAAGGACGCCCUUGCCGGACGAAUUGAAACCGGACUCGCCCACGUCGACCAAACGCCUGAAAACCACCUCGGCCUC